AUGUCUUCCACGCGCAUUCGAAGGUCAGAGCCUUGCACAUACGGAAACUGCGGCUCGCGACGCUUCCACAUCGGCGACGAUGGCUACACCUACUGCGACCAAGGCCAUCAACAGUCAGACCGCGGCACUGUCAUCGCCGAAGAUACUGGAGAAAUCGUCAUCCACGGGCCAAAGUCGAGACGGAGAGACUCUGAUGCAGCGUCUGCUACCAGCAGGACAUCAAGUUACAGUGGUCCUCGCGCGUUCGAGCACUACCUGCUAUGCGCUCAGCUUAUCCUCCGAAAGCAGCUGCGAUGGCUGAUCGAGGUCCAGAAGCUACCGGAGGAGCUUGAGAUCCUCGUCCGCGACUUGUGGACGCUUCGACUACAAAGGCUACAAACGAGAACGCCUGCCGCGUACACAUCCGGAUCCGACAAUGAAGCACAGUCUUCCCAACUCUUCAGCUCGCAGACUGAAAGCGGAAGCGGCUCGGAGUCGCAGAGUUCCCGGCGAAAGGGUCGGUCAGCUAAAGAAGCGCGACGUGAGGCGCCCAGUCUCGUGGACGCCCUUGCGAUAUGCUACGUUGGAGUGCUACUGCUGCGCAUUCCUCUGACCGUCACAGACUUCACCAAGUGGGUGAAUGACGGCGAUCUUCUAUACUACCGUGCGCGACGAGAAGUCCCGUCUGGGAUGCGUCAACGUCUGCCCGGUGAAUACGAGCGACAACUCGAGCCACUGGAUUUGCUGCGUGGCGAACUCCUUCACCAGAAGAUCCUGGAGACCAUCACAUUGCUGCACGAUGGGUUUGGCAUGGCUGUGCCGCCGAUCAACACUUCGCUGGUUCUACAUCGAUGGUUGACGGAGCUGGCACUACCGGUGGAGAUCUUCGUCGCUACGCAGAGACUUGCUCGAAUGGUAGGAAUGGACUUUGCAUACGAUGGACAAGAUAUGCGUGUGAUUCUGCGAUAUCCCGAGGCAAGGCUCAUGGCGCUUGUUGUUGUGAGUACUAAGCUGUUAUGUCCUAUGGAUGGAAUCCAGCGACAGCCUCAGUCUGCUCCCGGCUUGUCUGCAGUCUCGGUUGAUUGGGAGGAAUGGGUGAAGAUGCACGAAGGAAAGGACAGCGGGCGACAUGACAAAGGGAAACUCACCUUUGAGCAGGCUUUCAGCAUGGACGAAGCAGACUGUCUCAACGCUGACAACGAGACACUGGACGCUUACAUGGAUUGGUACGCCGACAAUAUCGCCAGCGAGGAGGUCCGUGAGCGCGGUGCCGCUGGUAAGGACGCCGAGUUCAGGCGUGCUCUCUUUGGUCUUUUCCCGCAAGAACCACGAGCGAGGCCACUCGGAGAUGUAACUCCUUCUUUCCAACCCACCGACAAGGGCAACCGUCUACGCAGCCUGGGAGAAGCUCUCACUCUCGACAGUCCUGUACAAGGAGAUUCGCAUGAGGCCGAAGUUCGCGAGCUGGGCAGCUUCUAUCGUCGAUACCGAAGCGUGGAUGAGCUUUCGGGGCCGGCAAAGGUGUUCUUCGAUAAGGCUGCCGGCCUCGCUGGUGUAUCUGUGGAUUCUAUGGUGCAAGCGGUGUUCGUCGUGGAGCGGAAGCUGCAGAAGCAGGAGGAGGCAUUUCGCAAGAGUAACGGCAGCGCAGGAGAGUAA